CGCUCUAUCCGGCAACAAGCGACAGUUUGGUUCAAGACCAUGUAUUGUCGCGAUACACGGUAACGCGCAUCCACGUGAUGAGGCAUCUAGAAGCCGGCGAACACUUUCCCUAGUACCUUACUUGGUAUCCAUUUUCAUACUUUUCGGCAUCACAGUCAAACCAAUUGCAGGCUAAUCGAAACACCCAGAUGAAUUGCACAAGUCACGGGAAUUGCGGGCUGCAAUUUCCCCUCAUGGCCUGCCUAAACGGAUUGGCUGGGUUGUGGCGGCGCCCCUUGGAUAAUGCACUCCGCCGACGCCUGUCACUCCAUCCCUCCCACCGCUCUUCCACACUCUCACAACGCCGCAGAGCCGCAUCGCGCGAUGAACGCUGCGCAGAGGGACUUCCGGGUCACAGCCACACCCUACACCCCACUGAGCGUGGCUGCCCCAGGCGGCCGCUCACAGAGGGCGCGGUCAUCCUUCACCCACACGCCCGCGCUGCAUCCCUCCGCCUUCUUCACGACUUUUCUGAGACACUACUGAUCGCCCUCCACAGCUUCCGACAUUCUCGCCCGCCUUUCGACGUCGCACUCGCCGUCCGUUGCGCACUGUUCUUCGCCCUCAGCUGCCCUCGUCGUCUCCCUUCACGGCGUCCUUAGGCACCGACAAUACUCACAGUAGCAUGUUCACACUGCUCGUGGUGCUACUGCUACUUGCUCUUCUGUUUGAUUUAGCGGCAGCGACGAGUCCCGUCAUGGACCCGACUCUGGCUGCAGCUCCA